UUAUUGUACAUGGUUGAAAAAAAAAAUAAAUAUCAGCUGAUCGCAGUUGACGUUAGACGUUAGUCGGUUCAAGGAAGCGGAACGCAUCAUCGCAUGGAAAUUGGAAUAUUUGACAAUGGUAGUUAAUUAAGUUAGAUCAUCUGUUGCGUUAAGACGAUUUUUCUGACAUUGCCUAGGCGUAAAAUCACAGGCAAAGGAAGUUUUACGAUUAUGGCCUAGGACGAGCAUCCCAGUUUCAGUCAGCAAAUCUGAAUCAACAUCAACUGAUGAUCAGAUCAUCUGUCAAGACAGUCUUUUUCCAACUCAGCACUAGACUCCUAGCAGGAGUCCUACAGUAGUCUCCUUACUCUCCUUAGUCUCCUAGAUGUCUCUCAUUCCACUCAUCAUUGAAGGACUUUCUAAUAAGGUCAGCUCAGUGAAGCCACUGUGGCUAGUGAUGGGCAAUGAGUCAUGUGACCUGGACUCUGCCGUCUCUGCCAUUGCCUACGCUGCUUUGCUUGCUAAGGAAGGUUUUCCUUCCACUUUUGUGCUGAAUGUUGCACAAUCAGACUAUACACUGAAGACUGAAGUGCAGUACUGGCUUAGUAAACAUGGCUUGACUGAGGAAUUUCUGAUGUUCAGGGAUAACUUGAGUUUUAGUGAUGGAAGAAUCUCUUUAAUGCCAAGAUGGCUUCAUAGCAACCAUGAGAACACCUCUGAUAGGACUCAACUCUGUGACCACUACAGCACAGCUCUGAAAGGAUUCAUAACAAUGUUAUCCUGUGCGUCUGCAGAGCCCUCUGUACUCACAGAGUCCUGUAAUCCUUCAGGCAGCUCUGUCCACGUAUGUUUAGUUGACCAUCACGUGCUGGCCACCGCAGACUGGCCGCUGGGGCCAUACGUGAGACAGAUUAUUGACCACCGUCCACUGGAAAAAACUUUUUCUGCUGCAGCAGACGUUGCUGUCGUGCACGGCAUCGUGGGGUCGUGCUGCACGCUUGUUACUGAACUGCUGCACGCACGACAGCCGCAACUGCUGCACGACCUGGCGCCACUGCUGCACGGUUGCAUUGUCCUGGACUGCGUGAACUGCCUGCCAGCCGCUGGCAGAGCCACUGCCAGAGACGAGGCUGUGCUGGCACUGCUGGAAACUUGCAUGAGUGUCAGCAACAGGUGCAGUGCCAGCAACAGGUGCAGUGCCAGCAACAGGUGCGGUGCCAGCAACAGGUGCAGUGCCAGCAACAGGUGCGGUGCCAGCAACAGGUGCAGUGCCAGCAACAGGUGCAGUGCCAGCAACAGGUGCAGUGCCAGCAACAGGUGCAGUGCCAGCAACAGGUGCUGNUAA